GUUCAUUUAAGCAUCUCUUACUUGUUUAGGAAACCACACAUCAUCUUCCAAUGUCAUGCUGAUCAAGAACCUAUUCAUUCCUUCCAUUUCCCACACAUUAAAAACAUUUCUUUUUUUUGAAUUUACUUUGUUCAUUGAUGUCAUCUAGUUUCUCUUAACGGUAUAUAUAAUUAGUAGUCUUCCCAUUCUUUUCAUCAUCUAGUAACUGAACCAUCUUGAGGAAGAAUGUAUGCCAAGAGCAAAGAUGCAGUUCAGCAACCAAAAGAGAGUGAUACCAUUGGUAACAUCAUCAUCUACACCCUUCUAGGGCUUUGCAUUCUGCUCAGCCUCUUUAUCAUCAUUGGUUUCUUUGUCCUAGCCAAGCCACUUGAAGCAAGCUUGACAUCUGUGGCUGUAACAAGCCUCAAGUACAAUGAUACAUCACCUUAUCUCAACGCAACACUGGCUAUGGAGAUCAGAAUUGAGAAUCCAAACUUCGGCUUCUUUGAGUUUCCAACUAGUACAGGAGAUAUAUUGUACAACGGUCGUGUUGUUGGUGAAAUGAAGAUUAAUGGACAACAGGUGGGUUCAUAUAGUGCCAUAAGAACAAAGGUUGGGACACAUGUGAGUUAUAGAGAGGAUCAGACACCAUCUGUUUGGUUCAAGAACGAUAUAAAGAGAAGGUUGAUUAUCCUCAAGGUUGGAGCUAAACUGAGAGGUGAAGUGCACUUGGGGGUUUUGAACAAGAGAAGUGUGAAUUUGAAGUGUUUGAUGCAUCUUAAUCUGGUAGAUGAAGUGAUUCAACGUUUCUGGUGUAAAUGAAAACUCUCUUAGUUUAAUCUUUCCAACUCUUUUACCCUUUUUAAUUAGUUGUAUAAGAUGUUGCUGAAAUAUACUUUUGUUAGUAAAUUGUAAAGUAUACGUUGGUAAGUGUUCUCUUUUGAUUCUCUUCAUCAAAUAAAUAAUGUUGCC